AUGACGCAGCCAUUCGCAAGUUUCGGCCCCCAAAUCCGAACCCACCUCAUCUCCUCUCCGUUACCCCACAAACACAAACAUUGCGAAACCAACCUCGACCCAACCAUCGCAAUGGCAUCUGUCGCAUUAGGCUUCUUUCUCGGUGGCGCUGUGGUGGCCAUCCCCGUCGUCACGGGCGUUGCAGAAGGCGUCGAGUACCAAAAGAAGCAAAACGAAGAAGCUGCCAACGAAACGCGCAUGAUCAAAUUCAACGCGCUCGCCGAAUGCGAAAGCGACGAGUACUUUGCUGACGAAGUCAACGACGGCAUUCUCGUCGUGCGCCAUGAUAAAGUCUGGAUCGUCCCCCGAACCAAAGACUUCAAGCCCAUCCCCCCCAUCGACGAUAUCUCCCCUCCCCUCCACGCCUUCGCUGGCUUCUACAUUCAAUACCCCGACGAAGACCGCUGCCCGCCCGAGCGAGGCCUCGUUUCCACCAUCGCCGACGAUCCGCCCGUCCUGAACUGGAUCUACGUCGACCGCGCCACCUACGAGCUCAGAUACGGCAACCGCACACAAUCCAUUUCCCAAAUGGUCGGCGAAUGGGACUGGACGGACGAUGAAUCACACCUGAUGUUCGACGGCUGGGAAGGGUUCGUCGCGAUCGACGAGUGGGACGGGAAAGAUGAGGAUGAUAGCACGCCGUGGGGAAAAGAGGGGCUGAGGUGGGCGUUAUACUACGAUGUUGAUGAUGAUGGGUUGAAGGGGAGGAGGAAAAAAAGGGAUAUGCUGGAGGUUACGAUACGCAGGAGGUUACAGAGUGCGGAGGAGCAGUUGAAGCAGAUGGAGGAUGCCAAUAAGAAGAUGCAGGUCAAGAGUCGCGGCGAUUUGAAGACGCAGUUCACAGCGCCUGCGAAGGAGAGGGAGAGGAGGAGUGGGAAGUGA